UAUUUUGUAGUUUAAUACACGUGAUUUUUUCCGCGCGAUUUUUUUCCUCAUGUACCGAUAUUCCCAUAAGUUGAAUUAUGAUAGUAAAUUCGUGCGAAAUAAAAUCGCAAUAUGGACGCUUAGUCGUACAUAGAAGCAUAGGGCAAAAAAUAAAAACUUUUUUUGGGCUACAUAGAUUUUUUAGAGAUUGUUUUCAUUUGAGAGAUAGAAUGAACACAUGAAUAGUUUAUUGCUACUCCAAUGUAAUUGUGGCUACGAAUAUAAAUAUAGUAAUCAUUUUUUUAUUGUCCUAAUAUAAACGUAGGUAACGUAUAUUGUUUCAGAUAACAGAAUGGUUAGCAGCAGAAGAGAAUAUGCCGUUUGGACGGUAUUGGUGGCAAUAACUAUCGGUAUCCAAGGAAUAAACACGCAAACAGAAACAAUGCCGACAUCAGAUUAUAUUGACUACACAACAACAGAAAGUGUUACUGUAGAUAGUCAACCAAGGACAGCUAAAUCUGAAAACUUGAGCGAUGAAGAUGCAUCUACAGAAACAAAUGAAGAAAAUAUAUCGCGUUCACAAGUACAUGAAGUGGUACACGAAAGUCUAAAUUCUGGUACUUUAGAGAGCGCUUCUAGAGUAAUAAUGCCGAUAGAGGAUAACCCAUUACAUGAUAUAACAAAAGAAGCUGUAGAUAACAAUCUUCUAGAAUCUAAAGCAAAUAACAAAUUAAUGGCUGAUGUCAUUACAAAAAUAAACAAGAAAGCUGAUAAAAGAGCUGAUUUAAAACCUCAUACAAGAUACGAUGAAGUUACUGGUGAAUUGAUUGGUGGUGAACAUCCAUGUCAUAGAGAAUGUAUGGAGGGUGAAGAACCCAUGAUUUGCUACUACCAUUUCAACUUGGAGUGGUAUCAUACUAUGAGUAAAGCAUGCUUUAGUUGUCCUUAUAAUGAAACAGACUGUAGAAAACCGGAUUGUAUACCUGCUGACGGAAUCAGUAGAGCUUUGAAUGUUGUCAAUAGAAAAAUGCCUGGACCUGCAAUAGAGGUUUGUCAGCACGACCGGGUGAUCGUGGACGUUGAGAACGAUCUGAUGACUGAAGCCACUACAGUGCAUUGGCAUGGGCAGCAUCAAAGGGGAACACCAUACAUGGAUGGUACACCCUACGUGACGCAGUGUCCCAUACCACCGGAGACUACUUUCAGAUAUCAAUUCAACGCGAGCCACUCUGGUACUCAUUUUUGGCAUUCACAUUCCGGUAUGCAGAGAGCAGAUGGAGCAGCUGGUGCUUUUAUAGUUAGGAAGCCCAAGUCUCAAGAUCCACACGGUCCACUCUACGAUUACGAUAGAUCUGAGCACAUAAUGAUAGUGACCGACUGGAUUCACGAGCUAUCUGUCUCCAUGUUCACUGAUCAUCACCAUUCGAUCGGUGACAACAAACCACCAAACUUGUUGAUCAACGGAUUGGGACGAUUCAAAUACUUCAAUGGUAGCUCCAAGCCUAUGUUCAUGAAGGCUGCCAGGUUCAACGUUGAACAGGGAUAUAAGUACCGGUUUCGUGUGAUUAAUGCAGAGUUCCUGAAUUGUCCCAUUGAACUGUCGGUGGAUGGUCACAACAUCACUGUAAUCGCUUCUGAUGGAUACGACCUAGAACCAAUUACAGCAUCUUCGUUAGUGACAUACGCCGGUGAGAGGUAUGACUUCAUAUUGGAUGCUAACAACGAGAUAGAUAACUAUUGGAUAAGAUUCCGAGGACUCAUGGACUGCGAUGAAAGAUUCACAAAAGCGAAACAAGUGGGUGUACUUCACUAUGAAGGUGCUAUGGAUUUGGAGCCACCUGGUGAUCCCACGUGGGAGGAACUGCAUAAUGAAGGCCUGCAAUUGAAUGCUCUCAACAAAGGUGAGGAAGAUGAUGACACUAUCAGUGUUGCGGGCAUGAGAUCUCUGGCUGGUUACGACGAGAGUUUGAAGGAAGUACCUGACUACCGGUUCUACGUGGCUUAUGAUUUUUAUGCGAAAAACAACACACAUUACCACAGAUCUCCCUAUUAUGGAUAUUACCAAGUUCCAAAUAAGAGCAACCGCUUAUACACGCCACAACUCAAUCACAUCAGUAUGAAAAUGCCCUCGAGCCCUCUCCUCCUCUCUAGACCAACACCAGACAACUUCUGCAAUAGUUCCAGCAUCGACAGAUCCUGUGAAGACAGCUACUGCGAGUGUCAUCACGUACUCUCAGUCAAAUUGAGCUCCGUGGUCGAAGUAAUAAUUUUGGACGAAGGAGUCACUUUCGAUGCAAACCACCCUUUUCAUUUACACGGACAUAGUUUUAGAGUUGUUGGUAUGAGAAGGCUAGCCAAUGAAACGACAAUUGAUGACAUAAAAGCUUUCGAUGAAGCUGGACUUUUAAAAAGGAAUCUUAAAAAUGCUCCUAUUAAAGAUACUAUUACUGUUCCUGAUGGAGGUUAUACUGUAAUAAGAUUUAAAGCGGAUAAUCCAGGGUAUUGGCUGUUCCAUUGUCAUAUAGAAUUUCAUGUGGAAGUGGGCAUGGCCCUGGUAUUCAAAGUCGGUGAACAUAAAGACAUGGUGCCUAUACCAAGGAAUUUCCCAACAUGUGGGAGUUAUAUGCCUGAUAAUAUGUUAGAAAAUGAGACUACAGAAAAGCCAAAGAACGUUAUUUCUAUUAAUCACUGGUGGCCAGUUGUUGUUAUCAAUAACAACAAUCAAAAUUCAACAUCAUCAGCACAUCGUCCGAGUGAAAUUGUUGGUAUUAUGACACUCUGUUGUAUUUGGAUCGUAAAACGUGUUUUGGGAACGUAGAUUUUUUUGUCUGUUAUUAGUGCAAUGAAUAAAGUAUUAUUCCAGUAUUGUUUUUAAUAUUGUGUUAAGAUAUGUUCAUGUUGGCGAUAAAAAAUUGUAAUAUAGAAUAUUUGUUUUCAUUUGUCAACAUGGGCUCAUCUUUCCACGCAAGUAUUACGAAAUUGUACUUACUAAACGAUUUAAUAUCAGAGUGGGCUAAGUUUAUAAAUCAAUUUACACGCAUUUCAGUAUUGCUGUGUCCUAACUGUUAAUAUUUAUUGGACAGUACUUACAUUUAUAUAAUUUAAUUGUUUACCUGUAUGUUUGUUUCAUUAUGUGAUGACAUAUAACCGAUGCCUUUAAGUUUUGUGUAUUAAAUAUCAACAAGGAUAAAUAAUUAUGUAUUGUGUUUUUUUUUUUUUUUCUGUGAUUAGUUUUAUUGUAUCGCUUACCAAAAAAUUGAAGUUUAAUAUUUUCUGGAAAUGCAAUAUGUCGCUGAUGAUAUGUGAUAUUAUUAAGAUAAGUUAGAUUAUUGUAAUAUUAUAAUAUGAUAUAAGUUAUUUUGUAUCAGUAAUAAGUAUAAUUAUUGAAAGUAUAUGUUUGUUUUAUUGUAUUCUGGGUUCACAAAUUGCUUUUUAUUUACCACUUUGAUUACACAGUUGAAACAUUUUUAAUUAUUAUAUGCAAGACAAUUUUCUCCUUGUAUCACGCUAAUUUAGACUGAAUAAGAGAAAAUGCUGAAAUUAGAUUCCAAAUAAAAAUAAACCCAUAGUCAUGUUGUCAAGUCUUACUUAGAUUCUACAUUGACGAAAAUAUUUACUCUCCUAAAUAUACAGAUAAAUGUGGGAAUCCCUAGGGAAACUUAACCAAUUAAGAUAGCGUAAAAGGGGAGGAAGCCUAAAUCAAGUCGCAAAAGAAAGGUUGAAGUAAUAAAUAUGGUAGAAAGAUGGGUGGGGCUCUUUUUUGGGGUAAAUGGGAGAAAAAUCGGCUGUGUUGCCACUUAUCUGAGAUCUUUGCUUGCUUAUAUUAGGGUCUUGGGCACAGUGUGACACCGCGAUGUACUGUAUUUGUUAUUUAAAUGAAAUACUCUAAAAAUAUA